UCUCCAGCGAUCAGUCGUAGUCUGACCAAUAUAACGGAGAUUGGCAUCUCCGCUAUCCAAUCGCAGCGCGGGGCGCUCGGAGCUGGAGCUUCGGAGAUGUCGCUGCGCGCCGUGCUCCGGGCUGCCGCCUCGCUGCCGCGCUGCAUGCCGUCCCUGCUCAUGCCACCGCCUCCUCCCUGUGCCCCGCGCUGCCCCAUGGCCACCCUGAAUCAGAUGCACCGGCAGGGCCGCCCCGCACCGCCUCCCCGCCAGCCGGGCGCCACGCUGGGCCGGCCGCAGCUCAAGGCCGUGGUGCUCAAGAACCUGAUCCGCAAGCCCAAGAAGCCCAACUCGGCCAACCGGCGCUGCGUGCGCGUGCGGCUGAGCUCGGGCCGCGAGGCCGUGGCCUUCGUGCCUGGCGAGGGCCACAACCUGCAGGAGCACCACGUGGUGCUGGUGCAGGGCGGGCGCACGCAGGACCUGCCUGGCGUCAAGCUGACCGUGGUGCGCGGCAAGCACGACUGCGCGCACGUGCAGGCCAAGAAAUGAGCAGGGAGACCCCAAGAAAUGAAGGGGGAGACCCCCGAGUGCGCCCACAUGCAGGCCAGGAAAUGAAGGGGGGGAUCCCCAUGAUGCUGGGGGGGCUGGGAGGGCUGA